AUGGAGUUCAUGGGCACCGAAACUAUUGACGAUUUUUUCAGCGGGCAGGCUGCUGCAUUGGCUGGUGGGACCACAAUGCAUAUCGAUUUUGUUAUUCCAGUGAAUGGGAGUUUAUCCGCAGGCCUGGAGUCUUAUGUGAAAAAGGCAGAAAGAUCGAUCACCGAUUAUGGUUUCCACAUGGCAAUAACUAAAUGGGACGAAACCGUUUCAAGGGAAAUGGAAGUUAUGGUCAAGGACAAAGGGAUUAAUUCCUUCAAAUUUUUCUUGGCCUAUAAGGGUUCGCUAAUGAUCAAUGAUGACCUUCUGAUCGAGGGGUUCAAGAGAUGCAAAUCUCUUGGUGCCUUGGCCAUGGUUCACGCGGAGUAUGGAGAUGCAGUAUUUGAAGGGCAAAAGAGAAUGAUUGAACUUGGCAUUGUGGGUCCUGAGGGUCAUGCUCUUUCAAGGCCACCAGUGCUAGAGGGUGAGGCCACUGGUCGAGCUAUACGUUUGGCAGGUUUCGUGAACACUCCUCUGUAUGUUGUCCAUGUCAUGAGCAUUGAUGCGAUGGAAGAAAUAGCUAAAGCUCGAAAAUCAGGUUCAGCCUUACCAAUUUUAGCUGGUUACAUAUCCCAACCUGCAGUGGCUUCUCACAUUUUGUAUUACACUCUGUGCCAUAUUUUUAUCCCUUAA